AUGGCAGAGUCUAAAGAUAAAAAAUUCUCGGAGAAUAGCUUCUUUGUACGAAGUGCGAGUGAAGUGGUCGAUGGAUUUAUCCCAAAAUUUAUGCCAGUACGUUCAUCAUUCCAUCAAAUUCCAAUGACAUCCCAAAGAGUACUAACCAGAUCUUCGGAAGUGUCUGUAACUCCUGAUUUAGAAUCUGAAAAUCGAAAUUCACCUACACAAUUCGAUGAAACAUUGAUAGAGUACUGCAGGUCGCCCGAGCCAAAUAAAGCCACUCAAAAUUGGAUUAAUUUCGUGCCUGACACACCUGAAAAUGAUUCUAAAAGGAUCAAGUUAAAGUUUGAUAAUUGUGCGUCAUUGGAAAACAUUAAAAAACAUCCAAUUUUUUAUAAUUCCCAGUUGUCACCUGAAAUUAAUUUUUCAGAAGAAUCUGACUCAGUUGAUUAUCUUUCUUCGCCUUGCAGCACCAUUAAUAUACCUGCGCCCAAAGAUUGUUUAACAAAGAAAAACCCCGAUGGUCUUUCUUCAGAAUUAGCGAUUUCCAGUUCUCCAUUUCCUCAAUCAUUGAUCAUCGAAUUUGAUGAAGAUUCGCUCUCAAAAAAACCUUUUUCUUGUCCGCCUGAUCAUAAUGAAAUUGAUCAAUCAUCUUUAUCAGAUAUAUUUACCUUUUCAUCACCGCCGGAACAACCGCAUAUCCAAAAAUUCUCAGAUGCGUUUGACUACUGUGGUCAACAUCAUCGACAAACAAGGGCAAAAAAAUUAACCAAACUUGCUGAAAUGCUGAAACAAUGUAUCAGAUCCUCAUCGUCAGAUUUGGCUAUGUGGAAAUGUGAUAACAACAAGGAUAAUCGUCCGGAAAUCGAGGUCGAGGUAUUUUCGUCGUUCUAUCAAUGGGGAAUCCAUUGUUCUUCAUGCCGUCUGUUAUCUAGUGCUAAGAAUGUUUUAGUCAUGGAUUCACAACAUUUUCGCUUAAAUAAUUCAACAAAUCACCGAUCGGAAACUGCGGAAGAAAAUUCUUCUUCAUGUCUAACAAAUAAAAUUUCAAUUUAUCAGCCGAUAUGUAUGUUAGAAAAAGCAGACGACGAACUCUUAUUAAUCGCUCCUCGUUAUUAUGUAACAAAAAAAUGA